AUGCAUCGCGGGGACGUCUGGUACACUCUGCGAAUAUGUAAUAGGAUCUGCAUUCAUGGUAGCUGUUAUGAAGAUCCCACCUCAACUAGGCAGUUUUCUUGCCAUUGCCGAUUGUUCUUUUAUGGCAGAAACUGUGAACAUCAACGAACUGUGCUUGAGGCGAAUGUGAUGUUUGUCGUCGAAAACUCUCACAUCGUUGUACCUAUAGCUUCCGUUAUCAGCACAAUUUUUAUCUUAUUCAUGGUCUACUUUGCCUGUCUGAACCGAAGGAAAUUGCCUGAAGAAAGAAAAGCUGUUGAACAUCCGCUUAGUAUUAGAGAGAGGAAGAUUAAAGUUGCACUUGAGCAAAAUAAGAAUAUCAUAAGAAGAAAAAAAGACUACAAUCGCCUGAUGGCACUCACUGCUAAGUUGAAACGAAAAAGCAAAGUGGAAUUGGGUGCCGUGACUGCUAUCUAG